AUUUUUGAGCGGGAAAUUUUAUGAGGUGCGAAAGCCACUUGCAUGUUGUGCUUUUCUUUGAAAUACAAGUAUAUUUAAACCUUUAUUAACCUUGCAAGCCUUUUCUGCUUAGUAAGAAACUUUCUAGUAUUUGUUUUAUUACCUAUGCUAUGAGGUCCGUCAAGUCCGAGAAUUUAUUUGAUUUUUAAGUGCUACAAAACUCCUGUUUUGCUCUCAAGAUGGCUAACAGUAGCUCACGUAGCUUUAUUUCAUCGAAUUCCUCCGCUGAAAUGCCUCAAAAGAGUCUGUAUUUCACUCCAGCAAACCAACUUGGUGGCCGCAUAAAUACAAGCUCCUUAUCUUCAUCUGGAAGAGAUAACAGGAACAAUAAGCGUCGUCUAUCUUCUGAUACAGAGAGUACUUUUUUGGAAAGGAAAAGACCACAGCCAUUAAGCUUAAUUCCUACGGCGACUCGUACUUCUCUGUCAUCGUCUGCAAAUAGUAGCGCCUGUAGCACUGGCAGGCAGCAUAAUAAUGAAGAUUUGUGCGAGGAAGAUGUUGUUUCACACAGAAAUAUGAAUAAUGGCCGUCUUUUUGAUGAUGAUGAAGAGGGUAGCGGAACAGUCAAGACUGUUUUGUCAACAGUCUGGAGUGGUGGCAAGCUCGGGGCAUCUUACUAUGACACAGACAAUGCACAGAUAUACCUGAUGAUGGAUAUAGUUGAAACAAGUGACUUUGAAAUACUAAAAAGAGUAAAAGAUGAAAUCAAACCAGACAUCAUUAUAACAAGCUCAAAGCAAGAUGACAGAUUUCUUGCUGUACUUGAAGGGCAAGAGGGAGAAAAUAAUGAGGAACCAAUGGUUAAAGUUAAAGAAAUUGAAAUUUUACCCACAAUUGAUUUCUCUUUAGAAGUAUGCAAAAGACGCAUUAUAUCAAUCAAUGGACUGCCUGGGAUGCCCCAGCAUUUUAAUGACAUGGAAAGAAAUGUGUUCUUCAGCUCUCUUAUUCCCUUUGACAAUGUAAACAUGGUUCGUUCAGCUGGUGCCUUACUAAAGUACCUUGAGAAGAAACGAUUUGGACUGGAACUAGAAGACCCUGAUGUGCCCGUUCCUAUUCUUGCUCUUAAAGUCUUUUCUUUACAAGACAUGGUCAUCGUUGAUGAUAACACUUACAGUGCUUUGCAGAUUUUUAGGAAGGAGACACACCCUUCUGUCUACAAACAGGGGACAAGCUCCAAGGAAGGACUUUCAUUAUUUGGUGUUAUGAAUCGGACAAGGUCAAGUCUUGGGAGUCGUUUACUCAGAAUAUGGUUUAUGAGACCAACAAGAAACCUUGACGUGCUUAAACAAAGGCAAACAGCCAUCGGCUUUUUCAUGGCAUCAAGAAAUCAAGAACUUGUUGCUUCUUUACAAGACUGUUUGAAAAACAUGAAGAACAUAUCGAGAAUACUUAGUAGAAUGAAAACUGCCCAGGCUUCAGUAACAGAUUGGCAAGCUUUGUAUAAGACUGUGUACAACGCCGUAUAUCUAACAGAUUUAUGCAGAACAAUUCCAUCAGACAUCAAAAUUGCCACAAAGGUGAAAGACCAUUUUACCCACGAUCUGCCUCGGAUUGCCAGUCUCAUUAACAAAAUCGUAGAUUUCGACGAAUCUGUAGAACAGAAUCGUUUCGUUGUCAAGCCUGGAGUUGACCCAGUAUUAGAUGAAAAAAAACGGACUUAUAACGGGUUACCUGAUUUCAUGACAAAAGUAGCUCGCGAGGAGUUGAACAAAUUACAGGCUUCCAUCACAGAAUGCAAUGUCAUUUAUUUGCCACAGUUGGGAUAUUUACUCGCGAUUCCACGCACUGCUGACAUGAAAGAAGAAAAAGACUUUGAAAUGGAUGGCCUUGAAUUUGUUUUCCUCUCUAACAAUAUGGUUUACUAUAAAAGUCAAAGUACGAAAGAACUUGAUGAAUUGCUUGGCGACACACAAUGUGAAAUAACAGAUCACGAAACAGCAAUCAUGCAUCGACUACAGUGCAUUAUUCUCGAUCACACUAAGGUUUUGCUUGGAAUGAUGGAAUGUGCCGCAGAAUUUGAUUGUUUGCUUUCCCUGACGAUAUGCGCACACGAAGGCUGUUAUGUUCGUCCGGAGAUGACCUCGGAACCGAUCUUUGAUAUCAAAGGUGGAAGGCAUCCUCUGCAAGAGCUGUGCGUCUCCCAGUUUGUACCCAAUGACACAGUAAAACAAAAGGACAAAGAUAGAAUGACAAUCAUAACUGGGCCAAAUGCAAGCGGGAAAAGUGUCUAUCUGAAACAGGUUGGACUUAUCACAUUCAUGGCUCAUAUCGGUAGCUUUGUUCCUGCCGAGAAAGCUACUAUAGGGACAACUGAUAGGAUCUUUACUCGCAUUCAUACUAGAGAAACAGUUUCUGUUGGUUUAUCGACCUUUAUGAUCGACCUUGGGCAAGUCGCUACUGCAGUUCAAGAAGCUACAGAACAUUCUUUGGUUAUCAUUGAUGAAUUUGGAAAGGGAACAGCAACGGUGGACGGUCUUUCGCUCUUGUGUGCAACCUUAAAGCAUUGGAUAGCUAAACAAGAAAAGUGUCCCAGGAUCGUCGUAUCUACACACUUUCACAGUCUUAUCCGACAAAGCCUUUUACCAGAUACACCAUUUGUACAUUACCAGACAACUGAGGUAAUGCAAGAUGGCGAGGAACUAGUAUUUCUUUAUCAACUAGUAGAAGGCCAUGCCAACUGUAGCUAUGCUUGUCAUAUUGCUCAACUAGCUGGAGUUCCCGCGGACCUUGUGAAAAGAUCUGCAGAGGUCUCUGAGAUGAUAAGAUGCAACAAGCCUUUGCAAAGAAGAGAUAGUCUUAGUUUAGAUGUUCAACAAAAAAGAUUCAGUACCAUUGUAAAUCGAUUCGUCGAUCUCAACCUUGAAGAAGACGAUCUCAGUAUGUUUCUAUCGACGUUCGUUCUCCCAGUAAGCCAUGGCCAAAACCCGCAAUAACAUGUGAAAAAUUUCCAUAUCUGUCACAGCAUGAGCGUUGAAGCUCCAAAAAUAACGUUAUUCACAGUAUGAUAUUACUAUUUCUACAACUUACAAGAUGUUUGCUGGUUAAUCCUUAUUUAGGCACAUCAUUAUCUACCUUAUUUUUAAGUAUCGUGACGUCAAUAGCAUAUACAUGAGAAUGCACGUCAUGCUUAAGCAGUUGUGUGUGACAGGAAAUACGUCAUUAUCACGUUGCGCCACAGGUGGCAGUAGUGCUUUUAGAGCUCUUAAAAAAAAUACUGCAGCGUCACGCAUACGUUGGCAAAUGACGCAGCUUUUAUGAUAAACAUAGAUGAUAAACAUUUAAUGCAUUAGAAUCUAAGGCCCUCUAAGAUGGCCGUCAUCGUUCAAACGAGUACAAACAAACAAGCCAAACACUGAGUAAUCGGAUUGGCGUCAUUAAUAGACGGAGGCUGCUCGAUUAACUAUGUUUUAAGGGAUUGGAGUGACUAAAAUAGUGAAAAAAUUACUUAUGUUGCUAUUAAGUUGGUUUUAUAGACAAAAUAUAUUUUAUAUCAAUUUCAGUACUUUUUCCACAAUUACUAUGCAUGAUAUUUUCACUGAUGAAAUUGUCUGUCGAAGAAUAUUCUGCAAAAGCACGACAGAUUUUGAGAUAUUUUUGUACUUUAAAUUGAAUUAUAUUCAUCAAAUAUUCUUUUUAUGAACUCAAGUUAUUCAUAAAAAGUAUUCGUUUUUGUCGAAAAUUUAGAAACGCGAAAAGAAAGAAAGAUURAGAAUCUGGAUUUUAAGACCAUGGCAAGAAUAGUCGUAAUAUCGUAAUAUACGUGUGGGCUUAUUAACUCUGUCUCAAUAYCCUUUAAUUGUAUUUAAGUUUUCUCCUUGUGUUCAUCAAAAAAACUCUUUCUUUACAUUCAAAUAUAUGAGAAACAGGAACUGUAGUGUACAUCGUUCUGUAUAGAUUAACCUUUUCUACAGACACAUCAGUACGUUUCCGUGUAGUCCCUUCACAUUAUUCCUGUUUCACUUUCUAUGACAUCAAUACUACGUCACUCCUAAGAGAGCUUUGAUUACUAUAAGUAUGUUGCAACAGCCUGUGCAUUUAUCACUUUUAGUAUCGCGUACAUGCUGGAACGAGACAAUAUUACGUAUAAGUUUGCCUCAUAUCAUUGCGAAACUCAACGAGGCGAUCAAAGGCUUAGAUAGCCUCCACCCCCUCAGGGGCUUCUUGCUCUUGACACAGGAAAUCCAAAACAGGAAAAAAAGAACUAAAAUCGGUGUUA